AUGGUGAAGUCUUACUUUAAAUUCGAGCACUCGAAUACGUUCGGGCUCGUUGCCUCGGCGACCUCGAAUGCGAUUUGGGCCAGGGAAGAGCAGAUCGGAACCGCUGCUCGUUCAACAGGCGCUGGACGGGCAAUCGUUGGCGCAAGUGAAGAAGUAUUGUGCUGGGAUGUCAAGAAGGGUGAAUUACUAGGCCGAUGGCGCGACUCGGCCUGCAAGGCCCAGGUGACAGUCGUCUCGCAAAGCCAGACGGACGAGGACAUCUUCGCCGUUGGUUACGAGGACGGAAGCAUUCGAAUUUGGGAUUCGCGAACCCGCACAAUCAUCAUUUCCUUCAAUGGCCAUAAAUCCGCUGUCACUCAACUGGCCUUCGACAAUGCCGGUGUGCGCCUUGCCAGUGGCUCCAAGGACACUGAUAUCAUUCUCUGGGACCUGAUCGCCGAGGUUGGUCUCUUCAGACUACGCGGUCAUACCGACCAGAUUACCUCUCUCAACUUCCUUUUCCCUUCUGCGGAAUUGCUUAAUGCUUCCGGACUGAGCGAACAUGCAGGCUUCCUGUUGACCACUGGCAAGGACUCCCUGAUUAAGGUGUGGGAUCUGGCAUCACAGCACUGCAUCGAGACGCACGUGGCGCAAACAAAUGGUGAGUGCUGGAGCCUGGGCCUUUCUCCCGACCAGGGUGGCUGCAUCACCGCCGGUAAUGAUGGCGAACUGAAGGUCUGGUCCAUUGAUGAGAGUGCUAUGCUUCAUAUCUCGAGGGAAAAGGUUGGGGCAGAAGGGCAGAAAAUUCUCACAGACCGAGGCACCUUCUACCGCAACGGCAAAGAUCGCACAAUUGGCAUUCGCUUCCAUCCUCGCGCGGAUUACGUUGGUUUCCAUGGCUCAGAGAGAUCGGUUGAGAUUUGGCGCAUUCGUUCACAGGUAGAGGUACAAAAAGCCAUGGCUCGGAAGCGAAAGAGGAGGAAGGAGAAGGAGACACAGCGCGAAGGUAAAGAAGACGGCACGGAAGCUGAGAAGGAAAAGCCCGACGAUCCCGCAUCGGCACCCAUUACAGAGGUCUUCGUGCCCCAUGUCAUUGUGCGAACUGGAGGGAAAAUUCGCUCUUUCGAUUGGAUGACUACCAAGUCAAGCGGUGGUCUCAGCAUGCUCGCUGCAACCACAAAUAAUCAGCUUGAAGCCUACAGCGUUGUCACAGCAAACAAGAAGAACAAGGAUGACGAAGAAUCCGACUAUACUCGAAACCUGGCAGUGGACAUUCCCGGCCAUCGCGCAGAUAUCCGAUCGAUUGCACUAAGCUCCGAAGAUCGAAUGCUUGCCUCGGCAUCAAACGGAAGUCUUAAGAUCUGGAAUGUGCGCACAGGAACAUGUCUUCGUACUCUUGAGUGCGGUUAUGCGCUGUGCUCUGCAUUUCUUCCGGGUGACAAAAUUGUGGUGGUUGGAAAUAAGAAUGGCGAGUUAGAAGUCUUUGACAUCGCAUCUUCGACCUUGCUGGAUACUAUCAAGGCCCAUGAUGGCCCUGUCUGGUCGCUCCAUGUGCAUCCAGACGGCAGAUCUAUGGUCAGCGGAAGCGCCGACAAGACAGCCAAAUUCUGGGAGUUCAAAGUAGUCCAAGAGGACAUCCCUGGCACGAAGCGUACCACAGCCCGCCUCAAGCUACAACACACAAGAACAUUGAAGGUCAAUGAUGACAUUCUCAGCCUUCGCUUCUCUCCAGAUGCCCGACUGCUCGCCGUUUCUUUGCUUGACAACACCGUCAAGGUCUUCUUCGUUGAUUCACUGAAGCUCUUCUUGAAUCUUUAUGGUCACAAGCUUCCAGUUCUGAGCAUGGAUAUCUCCUACGAUAGCAAAAUGAUUGUCACUUGCUCGGCCGAUAAGACCGCUCGUCUGUGGGGAUUGGACUUUGGUGAUUGCCAUAAAUCCUUCUUCGCUCACGAAGACAGCGUCAUGGCUGUGGCCUUUGUCCCGACUAACAAGGAAGGAAACGGUCACAACUUCUUCAGUGCCAGUAAGGAUCGUGUGAUCAAGUACUGGGAUGGCGACAAGUUUGAGCAAAUUCAGAGACUCACUGGCCAUCAUGGUGAGAUCUGGGCUUUGGCAAUCAGUCACAAUGGCGAGUUCAUCGUCAGUGCUAGCCACGACAAGAGCAUCCGUAUCUGGAACCAGACCGAUGAGCCCCUAUUCCUUGAGGAAGAACGUGAGAAGGAGAUGGAAGAAGACUAUGACAACACUUUGACUGCAUCUUUGGAGCAGGACGAGGACGGCGAGGAUGGAGAGAAGCCCGAGGCGGUUGAUGCUGGGAAGCAGACAACGGGCACUCUCAUGGCCGGUGAAAAGAUCAUGGAGGCACUCGAUUUGGGUAUCGAGGACCUCGAGGUCGUGCGUGAAUGGCGCAAGCUCAAGGCCGCCAACCCGAAUGCUGCUGCCCCCGAUCGCAACCCUGUAUACCUUGCUCUGGGCAAUGUCUCGGCCGAGCAACAUGUUUUGAACACCGUGCAAAAGAUUCCCGCUGCUGCACUGCAAGAUGCCCUUCUUGUCCUCCCUUUUUCCAAACUCACGUCCCUUUUCACAUUUCUCAACAUCUGGGCCGAGCGCGAGUGGAACGUGCCUCUCACUUGCCGUGUCUUAUUCUUUAUGCUAAAGACACACCACCGACAGAUCGUCGCCAGCAAGAUGAUGCGCCCGAUGCUCGACACCAUCCGUGUCUCGCUGCGCCGAGUCCUCACUCGCCAAAAGGAUGAGAUGGGCUUUAACAUGUCUGCUCUCCAAUUUAUUGGCAACCAGGUCCGCGAGCACAACACCAAGGACUAUGUUGAUGAGGCAACCUGGGAGGAUUCACAGGCACAGAAGGGCUCUGGUAAGAAGAGGCAAUUUGUGAGCAUUGCUUAA